AUCAUUUACCUAGCCACUCUUUGAAGUAGCUAGCCACAUUAAUAUGGAUGCGAGCAAUGGCAGCUCCUCAGCAGCGGCACCUCAAAGCCGGCCUCUCUCGAUACGCACGAAACCAAGGGCACCAGCCGCCGGCACCGACGAAUGGACGACGAACGAUUCCACGGCGGAGAAGGAGCCCGUGAGCCCUACUGCAAGGCUCAUGGAACCUGUAUACAUCGUCGUAACCAUUGGCCUCGGCUCACCCUUAGACCUACCCGUCUUCACCACCCACAUGGCCAGCGGGCUUCCCCGAUAUUCACGCUUCCAAAGUAUUCAGGUGACAGAGGAUGGCAACCUGCGGUGGGCACGCGUAAAGGUGAAGGUGGAGGAUCACAUCGUCGUCCCGACGCUGGAUCCCGUGGCCGUGGCCGUGGCCGCUAACCCAGACCAGUCCGUGGAGGAUUACGUGGCCUCGCUGUUCACGCUCCCCAUGGACCGCUCCCGCCCGCUCUGGGAGUUCCACUUCCUCAACUUCCCGACUUCGGAGGCCACCUCCACCGCCAUCAUCCGCGUGCACCACUCCCUUGGCGACGGGAUGUCGCUCAUGACGCUCCUCAUGUCGUCUGCAAGCAGCGCCGCUGACCCGACGAGACUGCCGGCCAUGCCGAAGCAGCCAGAGCGCACUGGCGCCAUCUACGCGCCGCGGCGGCCGCGCUCUUCUGGCGCCAUGCCUUUUCUCGGCUGGGUCUGCUCGUAUUUUGUCUUAGCCUGGAACACCAUGGUGGACGUUGCCGCCUUCAUCGCCACAAUGAUGUUCCUGAGAGACCCGCACACGCUCUUCAAGCGCUCCGACGACACAGUGUUCAACCCACCGAGGCGCUUCGUACACAGGAGUCUUAGCUUGGACGACGUCAAGUUCAUCAAGAAUGCCAUCAACUGCACUGUCAAUGAUGUCUUAGUUGGUGCGACUUCUGCUGCUCUGUCACGGUAUUACUUCCGCAAGUCAGGUAACAGCAACUCGGAUAAAAUCCGUCUGCGCUCGGUCCUCCCUGUCAAUUUAAGGUCAACCACUAGCUUACAAACAAAUGUUAAUAUGAUAGAAUCUGGUAAGAGUGACGAUGUGGCAUGGGGAAAUCAACUAGGCUACAUCAUCCUUCCAUUUCAUCUAGCAAUGCACGAUGAUCCACUUGCAUAUAUUCGCAAAGCAAAGAAGACUCUGGAUAGAAAAAAGAGCUCACUUGAAGUGGUUUUCACCUGUAAGAUGAGUGAACUUUUUCUUAAAAUGUUUGGCGUAAAGGCAGGCGCCUUUAUCUUCCGCCGCAUGUUCGCAAAUACAACUAUAUCUUUCACAAGCAUGAUUGGACCGGCUGAACAAACAAAUUGGUGUGGGCACCCAGUUGUCUUCAUUGCACCUAGUGUUUAUGGAGUUCCCCAAGUUCCAGAUUGUUCUCAUAUCAUUCCACAAUGCACAUGUGUGGGGGGAAGAUGUCGAGAUAAUGGGCGACCUCCUCCGAUGUUGCACGAAGAUAAUACAAGUGACAAGUAAUCUGCAUAUUGCGGUGCAGUUUGUUUGUCUCUGUAGCUAGAGCAUUCGAUGCCCCCUUCCACGCAAGAACAUUCACCUUCUGUGGUAUACAGGCCCGCCGCAUUCUUGCCCAACCAGGGUCAGCUUUAGCACUGAAAUCCGGAAUAGCACACUAGUCAGGAUGGAGUGCAAGACCCAACUUAUAUGCAAUGCAGACUGAAUGGACACCAGAUGGCUCCAGCUGCUAUGCAAGCACCAUCAAAAUCAAUUGGUAGAAAUAACAUGCGGACCAAAUCUAAUUUCCAGCUGCCAUCCUCAUCAAUCAAGACCUUGUGCUUCAUGGCCCAGGCUUAUCGUGAGUUGUAAUAUAGGUUAUAACUAAGAUUCGAUGACUUUCC